AUGUAUUUCCCGUCGCCACAGGCCGUAUGUGACCGACAACUCCCAAUAUCUCCCGUCAAGCUACUAAUUUCACACUUCACGCUUCCUUUUUAUAACAGAAUUUUGUAUGCAAAGAUUCAUCCCCCCCUGCUAGCCAUCACUAAUAAUAAUUAUCUGGAAUUUUGUUACAGCUCGUUCGUAUAUCCCUUCUUCCCUCUUUCGGCUUCCCACUAACACAUAGUGUACCUCAAAAUCAUUUGGGCAACAUAGAUGGAUGUGAGUUUUUUUCGUCUACUAUUAUCCCCCCUUAUUUCAGUUUAUUAUUCACCCUGCUCCAGUUUUGCCUCCCGGACACACCAGAUCCGCACACGUUGCCCGACCAGGCUGCGGCCUCCGCGCGGCCAAUUCACAAUCUAGAGAGGGAUUAACUUUCUUCGAUGAGUUGUUCGUUCUAGCCUUGUUGGUUUUUCAAUACGUUUACUUUUUUGCGGCCAUGACACCUUUUUGUGCAUCCUGUGCUGCUUUCUAUGGUUCGUAUUUGCUUCAGUGAGAUGUUAUGUGUUUCAAGAUAUAAGGCUUUGUGGGAGUCGGCUGUGGGUUGUUCUUGGUGCUUCUGUCUUAUCUUUUUAUCUUUUUAUGUUGUUAUGUACCGUAAUGUAUCUGUACGGCGGGGAAGAAAUAUGGCUAUUCUAGAGA